UAUACUUUUAACUUUUCUCCAAACUUGUGAACUUUUUUUGCCAAACAUCCCUAUGAGAGGUUUGCUGCUCUGUUACACUCCUACUUGGCUAGCCUUGUGCUUUUCUACUCAUUCAUAUGCCUCAGUUUCCUUGAAUCCCCUCUUAAAUGUGUUAUCGUGAUAGACAUCUAUCUCUUCAAAUCUCUACUCAAAAGUCGUAAAUCUUUUAUCCCACUCCACUCUGUUCUGAUUCGGCCUCCUUUACUUCUUCCUCAAAUCACUUGUUUCUAACCGUCCGACACUUACAAAUCACUCUCUUCUGCUUCUGCUGAAGCCAAAGGGAAAAAAACUUUAAAAAAAAAACCAUUCUGAUGGUUGAGAUUUCACUGGCUUUUACCACAGCUUGAAACAUCGGCUUUGUUUGAAGAUUGAAAGAUUCGCUAUUCGUUGAGGACUUUGCUGGAUUUGAUUUGAUAUCUGGAUUUGCACUAUGGGUAGAGGAAAAGGAAAGGGGAAGAAGCAUUCUGCUCACGAGGAUAUGGGAAGUGGGGAAGAAGGGAAGAUGCAACCGGUCAGAAGAAGAGGGAGACCUCAGAAACUGGUGAAGGAUGUAAUGAUAGAGGGAAAAGAUGGAGUUGACAAACUCAUAGAAGAAGGGAAUACUGAUGAUAAGAAUAACAAUAUCUUGAUCAAAGGUAUUACAGAUCAAAAUAAUGCUGAGAAUGAGAAGAAGAGGAAGCUAUCAUCACCAGAGAAUGAGAAUGGAGUAUUAACAGAAGAGGAAAAAGGUUUGGGGAUUCAAAAUAGUGCCAGUGAAUUAGUAAAUAAGUCUGUAGGGUUCAGACAGAUUGGGAGUAGAAGGAAAAGCAAGCCUAGAAGGGCAGCUGAAGUUGGUGUUGAAUGCAGAUGAAGUUUCUGUUGAGAUUCUUCCAUGUUUGAUUUCAUAUGGUUUUCUACAUUCGUUUUUCAUAUUGUUGAUUUUGAAAAAUCCACUAGAAUUUGCCAAGAAUUUUCAAAUAUAUACUCUUCCUAAGUAUAUUCUUGGU